AUGGCAGAAAAUCAUGUGCAACCACCACAGAGGACACUGGGAGAUUACAUGACUCCUGCUGUCAUUCCACCCAUUGGACGUGUGGUUCGACCUACAGUAGAGCCCAAUAAUUUCGAAUUGAAGCCUGCAUUAGUACAGUUGGUGCAGAAAGAACAGUUUGUUGGAACAAGUGCAGAGGAUCCAUACCUGCAUAUUGAGAACUUUUUGCUGUUAAGUGACACUGUGAAAAUCAAUGGAGUGACCAAAGAUGCCAUUCUGUUGAGGCUCUUUACUCAUUCACUGAAGGAUAAUGCCAGGAGAUGGGAAAAGUUGAAGGAUGAGAUCACAGGAUUAAAGCAAAAAGAGUUAGAGUCUAUCUAUGACGCCUGGGAGAGGUUCAAGACACUCUUGAGGAAAUGUCCACAACAUGAAAUAGAAGUGUGGAAUCAAGCAGCAAUAUUCCUCCAAGGGUUGACAACCAACACCAGGACAUUGGUGAAUGCCACAGCAGGUGGUUCAUUGACAACCAAGACCCCUCAGGAAGCCCUUGGCAUCUUUGAGUCUCUAGCAUCUCAGGAGUUUGACAAUGCUUCGAUGAGUGAUAGAAGGACAGGAAUUAUUAAACUUGAUGGCUAUGAUGCUUUAUUAGCCAAGAAUGAAUACCAUGUUACUGAUGAUUGUGACUAUGGAGGGUCUGCUGAACAAGCAGAAGUUAAUGGAGUGUGUUAUGACCAUAACAACCAGAGGAAUUACAACAACCAAGGGCGAAAUGUCUAUGUGCCACCAUGGAAGAACAAGAAUCAACACCCAGGGUUCAGUUACAGUUCCAACCAUCAGUUGAAUCCUCCACUACAUCCUCCACCACCACAUUCAUCACAGCAAGGUGAUGCUUCUGCAUGGGAGAAAGCUUUUGCCCAGUUAUCAAAGACUACUCAAGAUUACAUUCAGGGGUCAAAUUCUUUCAGGGAAGAAACUUUUGCUUUCAUGCAAGAGACCAAGACUGCAUUCAGAAACCAGGAAGCAUCUAUCCAGAAUUUGGAAACACAAAUUAGCCAGUUUUCUAGACAGAUAGCUGAGAGGCCACAUGGCAAGUUCCCUGGUGAAUCCAAAGGAGCAUUGCAAGUCCAUAAUAACAAGAAGUGGGCUUGUGCUUCAACCGGUGAACAAGAAAGUGGAUGA